GGAGUGAGGACCAAAACCUUUCCCUUGAUUUACAAUUGCUGAACUUUUUUGGGAUUUGCUCUGGAUUGAGCACAAAGUGAAGAUCUUGGCCAUUUGGGUACUGAAAACCUGUGGGGUAGCUGAAAGAUGAGUGGCGUGCAAGAUCAGUUGGAGAUCAAGUUUCGAUUGACCGAUGGGUCGGAUAUCGGCCCGAAAAGCUUUCCUGCUGCUACAAGUGUUGCCACUUUGAAGGAAAGUAUUCUUGCUCAAUGGCCAAAAGAGAAGGGCAAUGGUCCAAGGACUAUCAAAGAUGUGAAGUUGAUUAGUGCGGGAAAGAUUUUAGAGAAUAGCAGAACAGUCGGUGAGUGCCGGAGUCCCCUCGUCGACACUCCUGGUGGAGUUACCACUAUGCACGUUGUUGUUCAAGCACCUAUGGAAAAAGAAAAGAAGGAAUUAAACCAACCACAGCAGAAUAGGUGUGGUUGUGUCAUAUUAUAGCUUGUGGAUUCCGAGUGAAGACAGCAUUAUUACAGGAAAAGAGCGUCAAAGCUGGUACAGAGAAUGGUUUUGAGAAAUUGAUGUUCAAUGAGAGGGAGUCGGCACAAUACACAUUGUUAUACAAGUCAAUUUUCGUCACAGGUCUUUGGUUUCUUUAUGCUGCCCUUGGGCCCUUCCAUUGUAUCAUUUCGACAUACCUUUUCUUUGUUUGUUUUUUCACCGAUUGUUCGCUUUGUAGUUCAUAAAAACUCGGUAUUCAGCAAUAAUCUCAUCUCUUCAGGUCGAAUUUCUA